AUGGACAACCUGACAUUUACAAACAGCAUUCUGCUGGUGGAGGGACUGAAAGUUACACCUCAGUCAUCUUAUCCUGUUUUUAUCCUGCUUCUCUUGACAUAUGCCUUUAUUAUGGUAUCUAAUAUUGGACUUAUAAUUCUCAUCUCAACAGAAAAGAACCUGCAUCACCCAAUGCAUUUCUUGUUCUGCAAUCUACCCCUGAAUGAUAUACUGGGGACUACUGUUAUAUUGCCACGCUUACUGUGGGAUAUCUUUAGGGAAAGCUCAGAGCGAUAUAUUACAUACACUGAGUGUGUCAUUCAAGCAUAUUUUGUACACGUAUUUGCAGCAGCAUGCCACUAUGUGUUAAUGAUCAUGGCUUUUGACAGAUAUGUGGCUAUAUGUAAUCCAUUACGAUAUUCAGCUAUAAUGACAAAUAAAAAAGUGAUUAGAUUAUCGGCAUAUGCCUGGGGGGUGGCAAUAGUUGUUGUGACAGUCAUGUUAGGCCUUACUGUUCGUCUCUCUCGCUGCAGAUAUAAAAUUGAAAAUCCUUUCUGUGACAAUGCCUCGCUGUUUAAACUGUCCUGUGAAGAUGUAUCUGUAAAUAAUGUGUUUGGACUUAUAUAUACUGUAAUUUUAUGCUGCGUGUCAAUAUUGUAUAUUUUUAUAACAUAUGUUAAGAUUGCUACUGUGUGUCUUACCAGAAAAAGCAAAGCACUCAAUAGCAAAGCCAUAAAAACCUGCAGCACUCAUUUAGCUGUUUAUUUAAUUAUGUAUGUAUGUGGAGCCACUUUUAUUACUUUGCACCGUUUCAUUGAAUAUGCAGAAAAUAGGAAACUAGCUAGUAUAAUGUUUCACAUUGUACCACCCGGUUUAAAUCCUUUAGUAUAUGGUUUACAAACCAAAGAGAUAAGAGAAAAGAUUAUUAAACUAUGCCGAAGGAAAAGGAAAUAA